AAAAUGGUCGCGUGCCGUUCAUUUCGUCGCUUUGCGCAGCCUCGCGCGCCUUGCACACCGUUUUAGCCACACGCAGCAUUCUUGCUGUGUCUGCCGAUCGGCCAAACUCACGCUUUUCCACAUUCAUCGCCAAAGUCCCUCCCUCCGUGCCGGUCGGAGGAUGCCCGAAAAGGAGUGAUGGUUUCGGCCGAAGCAUCUUGGCUCCGUUCUCCGUGGAGCUGCUGGCUGUGACAGGGUUAUGAGGAAAGCAAGCGGUCAUGGAGAAUCUCCCAGUCGUUCAGCUGACAUCAAGGGAAGGUCUUGCAGGUGCGGCAGUCAGUCUAGGUGCGGGCCUCCAUCCCGCACCGAAGGCCGAAUGAAAUCACCCCUGCACAGGGCUGGACAAGAGACAUCUCUUACUAGUCCUGCUUCUCGGGGAACUUACCCCAGCUUACCCCGCGUAGUCCGAAUUCCAUCUUUUCCAGGUCCCUUCGGAUCCUCGAUCUUCUCCGACAUGUCAAUCUAUGCGGCACCUUCUCCGACACCAACCACUGGCAGUUGCCGCUAUGUUACCAAAGAUUACUGGAUCUUAGCGCUCUGAAACUCUGCAUGCUCCGGGAUAUGAGAACGGUGCAAGGCCCGAUCUGGGUCUCAUUCGUCCGCCCAGGUGGCUGAUCGACUUCUGCAGUGUGAAGACAGCAACAUGAACUAGGGAGAAAAAUUCCAUGCGGAAAAGAAGCAGUGGAUAGAUCGCGGAUCGUUCAAUGCCGUCUGAUAGGGCACGUGGGAAACUGUGUUUCCUCGUUCUACCUCGUUACUAAUCCUCCCUUGGUGCUCUGUCGAUCGCAGACCGAUGAAAAUCGACGGGGAAAAGGUGGGUUUGAGCUCGCACAGUUCCAGGCUUUUCUCGUCUGGCGAACAAGGCCACGAUCGCCACAUUCUACAACCACCUGACUCGGAAAAGGCAAUCGAGCGUCAAUUGCCAAGCCUGCUUGCUACAAUGCCUACUUGGUUACUACGCCGACUUAUCACUGUGAGAAAUCAUGGCUGGCAACAUAUCCAAAAGCAUAAAACAACGUGUCUGUGAGAUGGCAUCUCCGCGCUGGCCCCCGCAUCAAAAUGCUUAGACUGCUGCCCAUUCUCGCUCUCUUCUUGGCUUUCUCUUCCGGAAUCGUGUUCGCAGCCACGAACGAUGCUCCCACGGCGCGGUCGCAUAAUCCAGUCCACAGGACAACCACACCGCACACGAUGCAGCUAGUGCAAAUCACCACCCCGGUGCCCUAUGAAGAGGUCACCGCGCGGCUGUACGCGCUUCUGGGCCCGUUGAAUUCAGGAAAAGUUCUUCCUGGUGCGACCUCUGUGGCAGAUCUCGAAGCAAGAGUGGCGUCGGUCGUCGGUUCCAGUGACUUCAUGCAUUUCGUCGAAUACAACCACGGCAGCUGGUUCCAGCUGUACAACGCGAACCCCACCCCGCGGUUCAAGGUCUAUGUCAUCGGCAAUCCUCUCGUCGCUGAAACGAUGGUCAGAUUCGACCUCCGUGCGGCAUACAACGUACCGUUCCGCCUCAUGAUUCUGGAGAACGGGAACGCAACAAAGAUUGUGCACCAGCUUCCUUCUUCCGUUAUUGAUCUGUCCGGGCCGGAGGACAUGCGGUCUGCGGCUGCAAGUCUGGACCAGAAACUGGAGGCGCUCGUGGAUAAAAUGGCGGCCGUCGGGUGAUUGGAUGAUAGAUGCACCGCGGCGAUGCUCUUCUGGUUCUUUCUCAUGUUGGCUGUAGUAUCGUAUUUUUUGAUCGUGCAUGAGUAACUCGACACGGUGUUGAAAUAUCGAGCUUGGCACUGCUUACAAUUCCAC